CUUUUUUUCUUUCUCUCUUUCUCUCUCUCCUCCCCCCAGUCUCCUUCUAUCUCCCUCCCCGGCUCAUCUCCCGUUUUCUUUCGGGAUCGCUGAGCUCCUGGCGGUUGCCUGGUGGCGGCGGCGGCAGCGGCAGCGGCGGCCGAUCAGUCAGUCAGUCAGUGCCCGGCCGCAUCUCCGGCGGUGCCAGGCUUCGGGCAGGCUCGCUUUUGGCCCGAAAUGACGCUCAAGUCGAGCCGGAGGGAGAGCGUGAGCAGCAUGCGGACGGCCCUGUCCGACCUCUACCUGGAGCACUUGCUGCAGAACCGCACCAAGCCCGAGGUUGCUUCCUUUCCCUCAAAUGCUGUGACCGAGGAUAUAUACACCAAUGGGUCUGCUGCACCAGCUAGUCCUGGACCUGGCCAAGGCAGUCACCGUGAGCCACGGAAAGUCCGCUUUAUUCAGUUUGAAAAAGUCACCGAGGAGCCCAUGGGAAUUACUCUGAAGCUGAAUGAGAAACAGUCUUGCAUGGUGGCCAGAAUUCUCCAUGGAGGAAUGAUUCACAGACAAGGCUCCCUUCACGUGGGAGAUGAGAUCUUGGAAAUCAAUGGCAUGAGUGUGACCAACCACUCUGUUGAUCAACUGCAGAAGGUCAUGAAAGAAACCAAAGGAACAAUCUCACUAAAAGUGAUUCCCAACCAGCAGAGCCGUCUCCCUGCUCUCCAGAUGUUCAUGAGGGCCCAGUUUGAUUAUGAUCCCCAGAAGGAUCCCCUGAUCCCCUGCAAGGAAGCAGGCCUGAAGUUCGCCACAGGAGACAUCAUUCAGAUCAUCAACAAGGACGACAGCAAUUGGUGGCAGGGCAGGGUAGAAGGCUCUGCCAGGGAGGCUGCGGGCUUGGUCCCCUCUCCGGAGCUGCAAGAGUGGAGAGUGGCGAGUGUGGCCCAGUCAGCCACUGGGGCCGAGUCCCCGAGCUGCAGCCCGUUCGGGGGGAAGAAGAAGAAGUACAAAGACAAGUACCUGGCGAAACACAGCUCAAUUUUCGAUCAGCUGGAUGUGGUUUCCUAUGAGGAAGUCGUACAGCUCCCUGCAUUCAAAAGGAAGACCCUGGUGCUGAUAGGAGCCAAUGGGGUAGGUCGCAGCCACAUCAAGAAUGCCCUGGUCAACAAGAACCCAGAGAAGUUUGUGUACCCGGCUCCACAUACCACCCGACCUCCAAAGAAGAGUGAAGAAAAUGGGAAGGAUUAUCACUUCAUCUCCACUGAGGAGAUGACCAAGAAUAUCUCAGCCAAUGAGUUCUUAGAAUUUGGCAGCUACCAGGGCAACAUGUUUGGCACCAAAUUUGAGACACUGCACCAGAUCCAUCAGCAGGACAAAGUUGCCGUCCUGGACAUUGAGCCCCAGACCCUGAAGAUUAUUCGGACGGCAGAACUGUCCCCCUUCAUCGUGUUCAUUGCUCCGACAGACAAGGCCCAUCAGUCAGAAGCUUUGCAGCAACUGCAAAAGGAUUCUGAGACUAUCCACAACAGAUAUGCACAUUAUUUUGAUUUCACGCUGGUAAAUAAUGGUAUUGAUGAGAGCCUCAAGAUAUUGCAAGAGGCCUUUGAGCAGGCAUGCAGUUCCCCCCAGUGGGUUCCUGUCUCCUGGGUUUACUGAGCACAUUAGCUUGGUUUUCCUGAUCUUGCCCCAGCACCCAAUGGCAGCAUGGCUUCCAUUGGUCUUCCCCUCUUCACAGUUAGUCCAGGCUUGCUGCUUCUGCUCCUCGACUUACCCACCCACCAAAGAUGGGUCAUUCUUUGGGACUUGGCAAAGUUGCAGUCAGACCUUUCCUGCAAGAAAGACCUCCCUCUCCAAGAAUCAUUCUGGAAUCACCAGAAGUGGGGAUCUAAAUUACUGAAUAGGAAUCAACUGGAAAAUCACCGGGAGCUGUGGAGAAAAGGACUGAAAACGAGUCCUAGCUCCUUCUCCUGACCCUGCACGCACAAGCCUCUUCCUCCCACUGCUGCAGCUCUGAUUCAGCUCCCUUUCUGCUUCUCUCUUGUUGUCUUGUCUCCCCAAGGAGCACAAGCUUCAUCUGGUUUGCUUCGGGGAAGGGCGUCAGUCUUAGUAGAAAUGAUACAAAUGUUUGUUCUUGUGCAAUUUUCUUUAAAUGCCAAAAACAAAGAGAGGAAACUGAUGUGCAGGGAAGCCUUAAGUAGCAAUAAAAAUGUUGCUGUGCAAAUGCCA